UGGCAGCACUAUAGGAAUUUAUUAUACUUAGUCGCCGUGAAAACUUCAGAUGUCAGAACCAGGUCGACAUUUGAGACGACUGACAGCGGUGGAGGUUUGUCGGCAAGGUUGUCUGAUAUAUCAAGCGAGACAAAAAAACUUCUCGUUGCCAUCGUCCUGAUGAUGGAGGCAGCAAGGACCUCUGUAACGUCCGUCAAUUUCUACCGGCGCCACAUUCCACAAGACAAUGUUCGGUUGUGUUACGAGCUACUAUCGAAUAAUACGCAAAAAUGGCUGCUGAUUGCUCACCAAUGAAGACUGAAGGUGAAAUUUUGUCAGGUUAUGGGCUGUUGAGGAACCUGACACAUCCAUGUAGAUACAACUUAUUGACCCCACCUGGACCUCAGAAUAUCAGCGUCAGAAUAUACAUUUACAACUCUCAGGCAACUCACAAUCUGCAUUACAACCUUCAUCUGUUACUUCAAUUUGAGUAUCAAGAUCCCCGACUGGCCUACCAUUCUGUAGCGCCCAACACGUACAAAAUAACCGGUGGGGAAGAUCUGAAAGACAUGGUAUGGACACCUCACAUUUAUUUGGCGAAUGAUCAGAAGUCUACUGUAAUGGGAUCACUGAAAAAAGACAUCAUGGUUUCAGUGUACCCAGAUGGUACAAUCACCUUUGCACAGAGAUUAAAAACAACUGUUGCCUGUUUAAUCAAGCUCCACAAAUUUCCUUUUGAUGAAUAUCAUUGUUCUCUGAUGAUAGAGACCUGGAUAUAUAAUAUCAGCAAGCUGUUUUUGAAGUGGGAAGACGACAGCCCAGUAUCGAUAACCCCAAACACACACAUGUCUGAAUACUACAUAUCCAGAAUGUGGACCAGCACAAGCAAGGAAAGUGGAUUUUUUAUCACCAAUUUCUAUAAAUAUAGAGAUAACAUUGGCAGUUAUAGUGCCCUCAUGGUUACAUUUAGCCUGCGGCGUCAAGUGGGAUACUACAUAAUGGACUACUAUGUCCCCAGUACCCUGAUGGUUAUCAUCUCGUGGGUCACAUUUUGGUUGGAUUCCAAUGCCAUCUCUGGUCGGAUUAACAUCGGCAUCAGUUCUAUGUUAACGUUCAUCACUCUCUCAUCCCAGACAGGAAGUGCGAUGCCUAAAGUGUCAUAUAUCAUGGCAAAUGAAGUGUGGUUCAUUGCUUGCACAACAUUCAUCAUUGGGUCAUUGGUCGAAUUUGCUUUUGUGAACACUAUUUGGAGGAGAAGGCGUAACGUGGAACUCAAAAAGGUGACUGGAAAGCACAUUUUGAAGUCUACACUGACACCAAAAUUAGCACGGAGGCAGUUAGAGGAGCUCAAAGAGAAAUCAGUUUCCAGUCCCCCUGACCUGGGUUCAACAAGCAGCAGUUUGCCUGCAUCACUGGCAUCACAGUUACCAUUCAGAUUCCUGGUUCUCCCUCCCCCAAUGGAAGAUGAUGAUGAUGAAAAAGAGCUGGAGCAAGUACGGGACUUCCCAGUUGACAGCCACACCUCUCAGGAUCGCAGCAUCAUGACGCUUGCUUCGGAUGAAGAAAUCCGACCCACUGGCAACUUCACUACUAUGACGCCACAGGAAAUAGCAAAGUGGAUUGAUACAAAGAGCAGAGUAAUUUUCCCUGUCUCAUUUAUAAUGUUUAAUAUCCUUUACUGGGGAUUUAUUUUCUUGGAUGUGACAUUUCAAAAGUCAACAGAAGAGAGAUAGGCAAACCGACAUCGCAGAUAACUUCAAUUCCCACUCUAUUCAAUACGAUUAUCAUAGGGUUAGCGUGAAGGAAGCUACCGAGGCUAAACGUUCAAGAAACAUUGAGAGCAGUUCAGUUCCAUUACUUCUGUUGAGACUUGGAUCUACCUAAGAGGAGAAUGAAAGUAAAGAGUAAACAGAUGCUGUGAGUGAGAUUUGAAAUUCUCACAGUGGCAAGUAUAAAGAUGGCUGUCUUCUGGGUUGUAGCGCCGUGUAUCCUGUUAGAAUUUUACUGAUGUUUCAGUGGUCUUUGCAGCCUCCACCAUUAGUGCAACUC